UGGCAUUAGCCCGGGGACUUUUAUUUUGCUUCCGCCAUAACGCAUUUAUUUCCGGCGUGGGUGCGCGCAGGUCUUUUCCUCAGACCUGAAUCAACAUGGGUCGCGUUAGAACGAAGACGGUGAAGAAGGCCGCUCGGGUGAUCAUUGAGAAAUACUACACCCGACUGGGCAACGACUUCCAUGUGAACAAGAGGGUGUGCGAAGAGAUCGCCAUCAUCCCCAGCAAACCUCUGCGCAACAAGAUAGCCGGAUAUGUGACCCAUCUGAUGAAGAGAAUCCAGAGGGGUCCGGUCAGAGGCAUAUCCAUCAAGCUCCAGGAAGAGGAGAGGGAGAGGAGAGAUAACUAUGUUCCAGAGGUUUCGGCUCUGGAUCAGGAGAUCAUUGAAGUGGAUCCUGAUACCAAGGAAAUGCUGAGGAUGCUGGACUUCAGCAGCCUCCCCAACCUACAGGUUACUCAGCCCACCAUUGGAAUGAACUUCAGAACUCCCAGAGUCUAGAUAUCUCCACUUCAUACAGGAAUAAAAUUGGGGAAAAAAAGAGA